UUAGAUGGAAAUUUGUGUACAUUUCGGAAAGGGGAGGAUAACAUCUUUUUUGUUCAUUGGUUAAGCCACUGAACUGACUGUCUUUGAGCUGUUAUUGCAAAGUUGGAAGCAAUCUUGAAUGCGUUUUUUCAGAUGAAUAGUGCUUGACUGCUGUUUAUAGUAAACACAUUAUGGCUUCGGCAUUAGAGCAGUUUGUAAAUAAUGUCCGCACACUGUCUGCACAAGGUAGCUUCCGAGAAUUAUGUGAUCUACUCAACAAGUCAACAGAAGUUUUAAUGAAGAAUGGUCAGCAUUUGGACAAUGUCCUUGAGACUUUAGACCUGCAACAACAUUCAUUAGGUGUUCUUGCUGUCCUCUGUGUAAAGUUUAGUGCUCCAAUUUCUAGUGUAUCUAGUGAUCAUCAUGAAUUAUUAUUUGCCCAAGCUCAGGAAUUUAUAACAGGCUGUAAUGGUGAACAAGUUCGUUUUGCACCAGAUACCUAUGCUGAGCUGUGUCACCAGAUCACACAUAGUCUUGCAGAACGAAAAAUGGCUCUUCGUGGUAUAGAUCUGAUGAGGCGUGCUAUAAGAAAAAUACAGUUGUUUGAUUCACAGCUGACUUCAGUACAUGCUGAUCUUUGUCAGUUGUGUCUUCUUGCCAAGUGUUUUAAACCAGCAUUAGAGUUCCUUAACACAGAUAUCACCAACAUUAGUCGUGAGGGUGGACAGUUUGAUGCUAAGUAUUUCCUUCUGUAUUAUUACUAUGGUGGAAUGAUCUAUGCAGCACUUAAAAACUAUGAUAGGGCUCUAUAUUUCUUUGAAGUAGCCAUUACCACCCCAGCUAUGGCAGUGUCACAUGUAAUGUUGGAGGCUUACAAGAAAUAUAUCCUUGUAUCACUUAUACUACAUGGCAAGGUCCAGAAUAUACCAAAGUAUACAUCACAAGUUGUGGGAAGAUUCAUAAAGCCUCUGAGCCAAGCUUAUCAUGAUUUAGCAUCAUCUUAUAGCACCAACAACUCGGAUGAUCUGAAAGUGACAAUCAGUAAAUAUCAGGAGACAUUUGCCAGAGAUAGCAAUGCAGGUCUUGUAAAGCAGGUUUUAGCAUCUCUGUACAAGAAGAAUAUUCAAAGGCUGACCAAAACCUUUUUAACAUUGUCUUUGUCAGAUGUAGCUAGUCGUGUUCAGCUCAAAGGUCCAGCAGAAGCAGAAAAAUACAUACUGAACAUGAUAGAAGAUGGUGAUAUAUUUGCUACAAUAAACCAGAAAGAUGGCAUGGUUAUUUUUCAUGAUGACCCUGAGAAAUACAAUAGUCCCACUAUGCUGCGUCGCCUGGAAGAAGAGAUGGCUGUUUGCACUGACUUGGAUCGAAAAAUGCAGACAAUGGAGGAGGAAAUUAUGGUUAACCCAGUAUUUGUGAAGAAGUCUUGUGGAGCCCAAGAUGAUGAUUUACCACCUGCAACAACACCUGCGUCUAAAAUUACGACUUAUUCUAUGUGAACACUCACGUGUCUUAAAUAUUUUUCUGUGAUAGAAUGUUUCGCCUACACUCUUAUUUUAUGUUUGUAUUAAUAAACAAUACUGAACAAA